AGUCGUGUUUCUGCCGAAAUGAAAGUGAAAUCUUAACUCGCAUCAGUCCAGAGCUUCUGAAACUCUCUUUCAUGGUCUUUAAUGCCUGUAUGACGAGUGUUCGGACAAACACAAGUGCUCUGACUGAGAAAACAACACCUGCUUCAACAUGCCUACUGCAUCUACACGCUUACGAGAUGUUCACGAACUGACCUCUCCGUAUAAGAGCUUACAUGACAAUUAUGUGUCCAAUACAAGGAAAUCAAAGUGCUCAUCAUCUGCCCUGUUGGCCACUGGAGGUUUGAUCGUUUUAGGGGUUUUAUUGGCCAUAGUGGUAAUAGAGAAAUUAAAGAACGAAGAUCAAAUCAAUGAGGAUUUGAGUCCCCAUCAUCACACUCCGACAUGCUGUAAUGAUACCAUCCCGAAUCAGCAGAGCAGCAUUGUUCUUGUUGAGAGUUUUCCUCUCGGUAUGGAUUACGGGAGAAACGCCUCCGCUGGGAAAAGCCUGUAUGAAGCCUGGAAGCAUCUUCUGUCUUUGGCCACCAAAGAAAUCGCCGUGGCGUCUUUCUACUGGUCUCUCACGGCCGAAGACAUCAACGUGAACUCCACCACUGACAGAGCUGGCAGAGACAUCUUAGAAGAGUUCAGAGCGUUACCGUCUAGAAACGUGUCCGUGCGAGUGGUGACCAGCAUCCCCACUGUGGCUCACAAUUCAACAGACUUACAAGUCCUGAAAGAAAACGGAAUACAGAUACGGCGAGUGAACUUCGGCCGCUUGACUAAAGGAAUUCUUCACACUAAAUUCUGGAUUGUGGACAGGAAACACAUUUACAUCGGCAGCGCCAACAUGGACUGGAGAGCUUUAACGCAGGUCAAAGAGCUCGGCGUGGUGAUCUAUAACUCCAGCGGUUUGGCUGCUGACCUGCACAAGAUCUUCCAGUCGUACUGGGUCAUGGGUCGGUCCAACGCAUCCAUCCCAGAUCCGUGGCCGUCCACCUACGACACCUUCAUCAAUGAGGAGCGUCCGCUGCUGCUCAACCUCAGCGGUGUAGCCAGUCAAGUUUACAUCACGGCCUCUCCACCUGCGUUCUGUCCGGACUCUCGCACCCAAGACCUUGACGCCAUCCUGUCGGCCAUCAGAGGAGCGCAAGAUUUCAUACAUGUGUCGGUCAUGGAGUAUUAUCCCGCUUCUAAGUUCUUUCAUCAUCACGGAUACUGGCCGGUCAUUGAAGACGCUCUCAAGCGUUCAGCCUUCGAGAGGAACGUGUCCGUGUGUCUGUUGGUCAGUUGUGGCCAAGAAACUGACCCGUCCAUAUGGCCCUUCCUCCGGUCAUUAGAUGCUCUUCAUUCCCCGUCUAACAACAUUAACAUCGCAGUGAGGCUGUUUAUUAUUCCAGCGGGAAACCAGUCGCACAUCCCCUAUACCAGAGUCAACCACAACAAAUAUAUGGUGACCGAUAAAGUGGCGUAUGUAGGCACGUCUAAUUGGUCAGCUGACUACUUCAACUCCACUGCCGGAGUGGGUUUAGUGGUUUCCCAGGAUGCUUUGCCUUCUGCGUCGCCGGGAAACACAUUCCAGCAGCAGCUGAGUGCAGUAUUCGACAGAGACUGGAACUCACAGUUCGCCGUUCCACUCGCUGAGCUCAAGCAAAACCAUGACUGUGUUUUCUCCAAAUCCACACCAUAGACACUUCAUCAACAAACAUUCAACGUGUUCAAUUCUAUUAUGCAUGAAACGUGAAGUAUAAAUGUCAUAUAUCUCAUAUAUGUUUUAAACUAUUGUAUGGAAGCCCAUUUCCGCCACUAAAAAAAAAAAAAAGC